AUGAGAAAUCAUACAGCCUGCCGCAUUCUGAGAGGUACGCUCGGCAGACAGCAAUGCCAAUUACGAAGGACAUAUGCUACAGAAGUCCAACAACCUGCUGCGACAGUGUCGUCCGAGGCAGAGGUGGGCUCCGCGAGAGCCUACUGUCUAGACCUUCUUAGAAAGUAUGACACUCCCUCGUUUCUGCUGCAAUCGUACAUGCCACCNAAAACUCGUGAUGCCUACCUCGCCAUCCGUGCCUUCAACAUAGAAGUCGCCAGGACCGCCGAUACAACGAGUACUCCAACUAUUGGUUCAAUGCGCCUGCAAUUCCAGCGGGAUGCUAUAUCCAAAGCAUUGGCUGGAACUCCACCGAAACAGCCCAUCGCCGUCCUGCUCGCUCACGCCGCCGAGGACCUGCAGCGAAGGACCAACGGCAAAUCAAAGUUCAGCAAGAGCUGGUUCCACAGAAUUAUAUCCACUAGAGAGCAAUACCUGACCAACCCACCGUAUCCUGACCUGGCCGCCGUUGAGUCAUACGCUGAGAACACAUAUUCAACCUUGAUGUACCUGACCCUCCAAGCCAUGCCCAUGGCCUCACUCACUGCCGACCACGUUGCUUCGCAUAUUGGCAAGGCAACCGGUAUUACCACAAUUCUACGAGGCUUGCCAUUACUCGCUUUCCCGGGUCCUGCAAACCAUCACUCGAACCAAGGAGGCAUGGCUGGCGAUGUUGGUGCUACCAGACAAGGCUCUGUUAUGUUGCCUCUGGACAUUAUGGCUCGACACGGCGUACGAGAGGAACAAGUGCUUCGUGAGGGCGCUGAGGCUCCUGGCCUUCGUGACGCUGUCUUCGAGGUCGCAACGAGAGCCAGCGACCAUCUCAUUACUGCAAGAGAGAUGGUCAAGAACAUGCGAGCUGGUCAGGACGCAGGCCACGACUUUGAGCAUGGUCACGAGGAGGAACACAUGAACUACGCACCGUCGCAAUCAUCCACGCACGCACAGGAGAUUCAGCAGGCUCUCCCUGUCUACCUCUCUGCUGUGCCCACGAGUCUGUGGCUCGAGAGAUUGCAAAAGCACGACUUUGACGUCUUUGCUCCGAAGCUCAGAGUGACCGAUUGGCGACAGCCAUGGAAGACAUGGCUGGCAUACAACAGGUCCAACUUCUAA